AUGCAGCUUUCUCAACACCGUGUCCCAUGCGUGGCCAAGCGCCCGAGCAACGUGCGGCCGGUGGCGCCCACAGUCGCGCCGCGAUGGCGCACCGCGCCGCACCCCUCUGUGGCCGCCAGCGCUGUCGCGGCCGAGCCUGUUGUGGACGUGAAAGGCGCCCGAACCCCUUCUACCGAGGCCCCUUCCCCAGCCGCACCCCAGGCAGCAGUUGCGCCUGCCCACGAGGCCCCCAAAGCGUUUUCGUGGACAAAGCAGUG